UCAUAUCCUACCAAGUACCGUAAUGCAAACUGCAGGCCUAAAUCAGAGACUUGCUUCUGUGGUUUAGACACUGUAUGACAUUCUUUAUCUCUAAAUGUGCUAUAGAAAUAAAAUGUACUCACUAUAAAAAUAAGGAAGGUUUGCACAACUAAAAAUAACAGUGUACAUAUCCAGCAGGUUCUCUAGUUGUCUUUUCAUGCAACCAAUUUUGUCCAUCAGGAUCAGGAUUUACUGGCCUGGUAAAUUUGCAUAAACAAGGAAUUGGUCUUUGGUUGCAAAGCAAGCUCACAAUUUGUAACAGUAGCAGUUUACCCUUCAUGUGAUCACAGACGUGUUCUACCAUGCAUGCAUGCAAAAAGUGCAAAAUGUUUGUGUAAAGUACAGCAUCCAGAUAAAACAUAGCAAAUACUGAAUUUAUUUUUUAAAAUGCAUGAUGCAUAUUAGUAUACAUUACUUGUUAGCCACAUCGUUGUCAUUGCUUCGGGGCAAAACAAAGGAAGCAAAAUUCAAAUACCAAACCUCUCUGGGCUGAUAGAUUACUUACGCCACUCUAAUUAGAGGAAAACAUUAAUAUGUAUUCUGUGAAUAUUACUUACUUAAAGUAUAUUAACACAGAUUAUAUGGUCCUUUAAAUGAAGUGUUACUGUUUCGCGGGAUCUUCAAAAACCACCUUGACCAUUACAUGGCUACAAGGUUUGCUUAGAAGGGGAGAAGACCUACCCACAGGCUUGAUUUCAUUGAGGUUAUGGUCAGGCUCUCUUGGGGCAGUGGUCAGCCAAGGUUGUUUGCUUUUUUCACCCAGUUCUGCACAUCUCUUGGGAAGGGAGGGUCUCGGUGCUCAGUGAGUAAACCUUUCUACCAGCUCUGGUGGUAAAAUGCCACAUUAAGAAUUUCCAUUGGAUCCUGGCCAUUUCAGUUAAAUUUCAUUUCAAUUCAGCCCAUUUAGAACAUGACUUCAGUUUUAGUUCUUAUCUGAAUACAAACUGAUCUCAGCUGUGGUCACAAUAAGCUCAGGUACAAUCUUUAUUUAUUGUUUUGGAAGAGUGGUUUCCAAAGAGGUGCCUUGCAAGGUGCCUUGCAUAAGAAAUUCAUCUGGUUGACCAAAUAUUAAACAAACAGAAUUACGGUUAAGGGCUUUAAGCUACUACGCCCUCUCCUGUCCAUUCUUUAGUGUUCCCCUCUCUAGGAGCCGGGGAGCCACCCUCUUUCCAAUGAAGGUGUAUGCCUGUGUGUUUCUCAGUCUCUGUGUGUGUGUGGGUGUGUGUCAGUCUGGUGUACACUUUGGCAGGAAGGCACACACACAUACACACACAAGCCUGUUGAGUAUGCAGCACUUUCUAAUUUUUCAUGCUCAUUCUGUUAUACUUGCUGGUGGACUACCAGGCAACAUCAGAGACGCCCACAACUUAGAGUGAGUGCCAUAAAUCUCAUUCAGCAGCCUGAGCGUCCAGCAGGUUCUCCUGUCAUCUUUUCACUCCAGCAGGCAUCUGAAAGCAAAAAAGUGGACUUCAACUGAGCUUGGCUUAGAGAUUUCUGGAUGUGCUACGUGGGAUAUGCAGCCAUUCACCCAGUAACUAAUGUGAUCCAGACAUGGAUUAGUUAGGGCACAUUUACAUGUUUGAUGUACUAUACCCAUCAGCAAGAUGAUCAAGAGAUGCUGAACUACUCUGCAGGAGUAUAUAUGAGGGUCUUCAGAGUUUUGUGGAUAAGCAUGAUGCUAAGGCAGUGGAGUUUCGCUGUGCUCUUACUGAGCAUCCCUCUACCUGUCCAAGGGAGAUCCAUCCACGCGCUCAGCAACAGACUUAGGAGGUCUGUGAGCCAUGCUCAGCUAGUGCAUGAUAGAGGAAGAUACCUGCAAGACAGAAAGAGGCGGCUGUGGCUGCAGGAGAUUUUCAAGCAGGUGCACACUGCCAAUGUGUGGGACACUCCCUCAGACAGCGGCUUCAGCCUCCAGACCGUUACCUGGAGCGCCCACGGCCCCAAGCCUGCCAGCAGCACCAAGGACUUCCCCUUGGACUUUGAACUGGAGAGCACAGGCACCAGUGACACUCUUCCCCAAGAGACUAACAAGGAGCAACCUCUGCAAGCUGCUGCCAAGAGAAAGAAGAGAGUGUGCGUGGGGAAGUGGAGAGACGGCAGUAAAAGAAGAGGAUGGCCAUGCUCAGCCCACGCUGCUUUGACAAUGAGGGGUCAGUGACCAGAGUGAUUGGCAGAAAGGGGAACAGAGACUGUAGGCCACAACAAGACUGUGAAACAAGUGUGAAGAGAUGCCAUCAACCACUCUGGAGCAUGGUUUCUGCACCAGUUCACUAAUGUCUGUCACCAGGAGAAAGAAAAUACAGUGCCUGACAUAAUGCAUUGCCCUAUGCUCUGUAUAAAAACACACAGGUUUAUACACUUAGAGACAGUUUCCUGAAUACAGAUUAAGCCUAGUCUUGGGCUAAAGGAUACUGACAAUGGAGAUUUACCAUUGAAAAUCUUUUUCAGUCUAGGCUAAAAUUUAAUCUGGUUCUAGGAAACUGAUCUUUUCCGUUUUCAUAGCAUUAGAGCCUUCAAAGAUUAUUGUUACUUUUUAAUAAUAAAAAAAAGGUAUACAUAUAAAAGGUUGAUGUCUGUAUUUGCCAUGAAACAGAAAAUUCUAUACACAAUCUACAUAACUAACCAAGCAUACUUGCGUUUAUUUAUUUGAUUAGAAAUGUGUAUAUUUAUUCUGUGAAUGUAUCACAGUGCUGCUGUUUUUUUCUACAAGUUUCAAAUAAUGCACUUUUGACAGCUGUGCUAUGCUCCUGUACAUCAGCAUCCUUAUUAUUAUUUUUUUGUUGAUAUUUCAGGCUUUUCUUUUCUACUAUUUCUGUGACCUAAAUAA